GCAGGCGCAGUGCGUUGAGUCUGACCUUCAUUCCCGGCCGUCAUGUUCUGCGGGGUGAGCGCGGUAUUCCUCCCACCAUGUGGGCAGCAGGUCAGGACCAUGGCUACCCUGAAGGACAUCACCAUUCGUCUGAAGUCCAUCAAGAACAUCCAGAAAAUUACCAAGUCCAUGAAGAUGGUGGCAGCCGCCAAGUAUGCCAGGGCGGAGAGGUCACUGAAGCCAGCCCGUGUGUACGGCACCGGCGCUCUCUCUCUCUAUGAGAAGGCAGAUAUCAAAGCACCUGAAGAUAAGAACAAGCACCUGAUUAUCGGCGUGUCCUCUGAUCGUGGCCUGUGUGGUGCCAUCCACUCCAACGUGGCCAAGACCAUGAAGAGUGAGAUCGCCAAGCUCACCAGUGCUGGCAAAGAGGUGAUGGUCGUGAAUGUGGGAGACAAGCUCCGAGGCCUGCUCUACAGGACUCAUGGGAAUCACAUCCUCAUUAACUGCAAGGAGCUCGGCAGAAAACCCCCCACGUUCACCGAUGCCUCCGUCAUCGCCACAGAGCUGCUGCACUCUGGCUACGAGUUUGACCAGGGCUCGAUCAUCUACAACAGAUUCAGGUCUGUCAUUUCCUACAAGACAGAUGAGAAGCCUCUGUUUUCCGUGGACACAGUUGCAAACUCAGAGAACAUGGGCAUCUACGAUGACAUUGAUGCUGAUGUGCUGAGGAACUAUCAGGAGUUCGCCCUGGUUAACAUCAUCUACUACGGGAUGAAGGAGUCCACCACCAGUGAGCAGAGUGCCAGGAUGACCGCCAUGGACAGCGCCAGCAAUAACGCAUCCGAGAUGAUUGACAAGCUGACCCUGACGUUCAACCGCACUCGCCAGGCCGUGAUCACCAAGGAGCUGAUCGAGAUCAUUUCUGGAGCUGCCGCUCUUGCAUGAAUUCACUCUCACAGAGACUGAUGCUUGAGACAGAGAUAAAGAGGAACCAUCCACACUGACGACGUGGUCUUGGCAAACCAUAUUUUCCUAUUGGGCCAUCUGGUAUCGAAGAUUAUUGUUUAUGUGUUUGUAAAAUAGAAGUAAAUAAAGCUCUUACACCGAGGCGUCCAUCCAGCUAAAA